AUGGGAGUCGGACGCCGCAUGAAGAAGCAAGGCCCGCCGCCGCCAUUAGAUGAGUCUCUGGUAACGAGAAAGCGCAAGUCUGCCGCACCGACAACAUCGUCGAUCAAGAAGCAAAAAGUUGCACAAGACAAGCCGGCAAAGACAGCGCAGACAAAUGGAGCGAAGAAGUCUGCGCCGGCAGUCAAGAAGCCCAAGAAGCAGCCAAUACCCGAGCCUGAAAGCGACGAGGACGACGAAUUGGCAGAUCUUAGCGGCGAUGCCAUUGAUGACCCGGACGUCCUCGAAGACAAAAUUGGCGGCAUCGAGCAAGAUCUAGACUUCAGCGAUGACGAGCUUGGAAGCGAUGCUGACGACUUUGCCAAUGCACCAUCCGACGAUGAUGUUGAUGUGUCUGACAGCGAAGUGCGACAGGAGAAAAUGUGGUCCGAGGACGAAGAUUCGGAUGCGGAAGAGACAUUGACCGCAGCGAACAUUGCUGGACUGUCGCGGAGGCUCGAUGAACAGAAAGCGCAAGAGGCUGCGGAGGCAGAGGAAGAACUUCAGGACGGAGCGCUACAGACGAACAUUGCUGCAGACAUACCAGACGUGCGCGAAGAUGGGCAGUCAAAUUUGAUUGCCCCAGAUCUUCAACUUCUGCGCACAAGGAUCACCGAGACCGUGCGUGUGCUCACAUCAUUCAAAGAGCUAGCAGAGCCAGGCAAGAGCCGGGCAGAAUACACUUCGUCUCUGCUGAGGGACAUAUGCACGUAUUAUGGCUACUCACCCUUUCUAGCCGAGAAGCUGUUCUCACUCUUCCCACCACAAGAAGCACUCGCCUACUUCGACGCGAACGAGACGCCACGACCCAUGGUCAUCAGGACCAAUACUCUCCGCACGCAUCGACGAGACUUGGCGCAUGCGCUCAUCAAUCGUGGCGUGACCCUGGAGCCGGUGGGUAAAUGGUCGAAAGUCGGAUUGCAGAUCUUCGAAUCGCAAGUCCCGCUUGGUGCAACGCCCGAGUACCUCGCAGGUCACUAUAUACUACAAGCCGCAUCCUCCUUCCUUCCCGCCAUGGCAUUGGCACCGCAAGAGCAUGAGCGCGUCUUGGACAUGGCAGCUGCGCCAGGAGGAAAGACAACACAUCUAGCUGCGUUGAUGCGGAAUACCGGUGUCAUCUUCUCCAACGACUCCAACAAGGAUCGUGCGAAAGGUCUGAUCGGAAAUAUCCACAGACUCGGCGUCAAGAAUACCGUUGUCUGCAACUACUCCGCUUUGGAGUUUCCCAAGGUGAUGGGCGGCUUUGACAGAGUUCUUCUCGAUGCUCCUUGCUCGGGAACUGGGGUCAUCGCAAAAGAUGCCAGUGUGAAGACGAACAAGACGCCCGACGACUUCCUGCGCCUCCCUCAUCUCCAGAAGCAGCUUCUCCUCGCCGCAGUAGAUUCUGUUGACCACGCAAGCAAGACUGGCGGCUACAUCGUGUACUCGACCUGUUCAGUCACAGUGGAAGAGAAUGAGCAAGUUGUACAGUAUGUGCUGAACAAGCGCCCUAACGUCAAGCUCGUUCCGACUGGUCUUGCGUUUGGCAAAGAAGGCUUCGUCAAGUAUCAAGCCAAGCGCUUCCACCAAAGCAUGAAAGAGACACGACGGUACUACCCGCAUGCAUACAACGUCGACGGCUUUUUUGUCGCCAAAUUCAGGAAGACCGGUCCUACCCCAGCCAACGCUGUAAGAGCUCAAGGCAGCGCAGAGGAGAAGAGGCGAGAGAAGCAAAGCAAUGGUGUUCACGAUGAGGAGGAGGACGUAGACGAGGGGGCAGUGGAAGAUGACGAUGGGAAUGAAGGAAAUGGUGUCAAGGAGGAUGACUUUGGAGGCUGGGACGAUGAAGAGGACAAUAAAAUCAUUGAGAGAAGUCUGAAAAAAGCGCUGAAGAGGAAGGGCAUUGAUCCAAAGGCGACCAAGAGCAAGGCCGUGCAGAGCUUAUCCAACAAGAAGAAGUAGAGAUGAAGAGCGUUCAGCAAACGACAACGUGCUGGCGACAAUCUUGAAGCCUCGCCUCGCAGUCAGCUAUCCGUCUGCCAAGCACGCACAAGGCGAUAAACAGGCUGCGGCAACAACCUCCCACAGAAAUCUUUCACCUCACCACCUCUUUACCGGCCCUUUGUGCCUGUCGCUUGGGUGGUGCGACUGCCACCCACCAGCAUCAGUCUCUCGAAGUUUACCGUCAGCCAUGUCUUUCUUGGCUCGCUGACUUGGCCCUUGUUCAGCCGGCACCACCCUCAUCAUUAUACCGCAUCUACCUACCUACAGUGGCUCCAAUCUGUAGCUCCUAUUGGGAUUCAAAAAUUUGAUCCCAUCGAACAUGGCAAUUCGCAGCUCGAUUGCAGGUG